AAUUGGGCAAAACGCAAAAUAACAAUAAUUAAAAGUCACUUGCCCAACAAGAAAAAAACGCACACACAAAAUUUCUGCACUGAAAAGAACCUGCUUACAACCGUGAGUUGACCGUGUGUGCGUGUGUGUGUGUGUAGGAAAAUCGCAACACAAACAUGAUCCGGAUGCGGUCGGAUGACUCCCAUUGGAGUUGAAUCAUCACCACGAACAAGCAACGGGUAAACUCGCCCUUCUUCGUUCCACGCGUAAACCAGCCGGAGUUCCUUGGUGUGCCCUUUCCCGUGAACGAUCGUGCUUCCCCUUGUGUGUGAGAGUGUGCGUGUGUACGCUAUUGUAGACAAAAACAAACGGCACUAGUUGGCUAGUGAUAGCAACGUUGCAGUAACAACAACAACGACCCCCACCCUGCCAGCAAAGGUCCCCAGAAUGGCUUCCACGAUGCAGCUGGAGUUUUCGCAGGCCAUGUCCGACUUCAAGAACAUGUUCCCGGACAUGGACCGGGACGUGAUCGAGGCGGUGCUGCGCGCGAACCAGGGAGCGGUCGAUGCCACCAUCGACCAGCUGCUAGCCAUGAGCACGGACAAUCAGAACGAAAAGCUGCGUCACGAGCUGGAAACGGACGGCAGCGUUGGACCACGGUCGGCCAUAAAUCAGGCCGCCGCCGCUGCCGCCACCGAGCGUCCCCUUCUCGACCUGUCCAGCGACGAGCCGAGCGCCGGGUCGGACCGGUUUCUCUCCACCUCGCCGAACGCGGCGGCCGCCAGCUCGAUCGUUGCGCAACAGCUGGGCGCUUCGCCAAAAGUACGCAAAGCGCCGGCGGGCGGCAGCGCGACCGCAAGCGCUACCAACAGUCCCCGGGCGCAGCAGCAGGCGCGAGGCGAAGCGGGCCAUCCACCGACCCCGGCCACCAUGAACCGGCGCUGGAACCCGCCGCUGGUGGGUCCGCUGCCGCCCACCUUUCUGCGGCUCGGCGGGACGGCCGCCGUCGGUACGAUCGGGCCGGACGGCCAAUACCGCAGCGCGGCCGAGUUCGACAUGGGCGACGAGCAGUUCGCGAUGAUGCUGCAGAACGAGGAGUUUAUGGCGGAGCUGCGCUGGAACCAGGAGUUUCUGUCCGCGCUCGAGAAGGACCACCAGGGCAAGGUGCAGGACGAUGCCGCGUUCAAGGAGCGGUUGCGCCACAUGGGCAAGGUGUCGCGCAAGAAGUUCGCCCAGCUGGCGCGCGUCUUCACGUGGCAGCGGGGCGGCAACAAGAAGGCUAGUGCGGUGCGGCAUCCCGACUCGCUGCUGCUGCAGGAGGAGCACAGCGACGACGAGGCGGCCGAACCGAAGCGGGUCGCGUCGGGUAAGAAGUAGACCCCAAGGGCUGUUGGACGCAAGCACGCAAGUAGGUUUAGGGCGCAAGCGAAUCUCCAGCAAAAGGAUUGUGCGCGGCUGUAGGAAGCGUGUCGCAACCGUUAGCAAUCGAUUUUAGAGUUUUUUUAAAUUAUUAAUUCUUACCCUGUAGUGUACACACGCUCCUUCGCGCACACACACACACGGGUAGCGCGUACUGAUACUUCUCCGUACUAGGCAAUUGAAGAGACUGUGUGUGUUUUUUCCUUCCCGUUUUCCCACUUUCUCUCUCUCUCUCUCUCUCGCUCUCUCUCUAUCUAUCUCUUCUCUGCAUUUCCAUAUCGCUCCCUUUGCCCGCAAUCUUUACUCUCGACAAGAAAACACACACGCGGGAAGGGUGAAAAUGUUCUUCUAUACACUGCAAAAUGGGUUGUACUCAGCUUUCUCCUUUACUGGGCCGCCCACCACGUAGCACCGUUCCAGGAGGGGCAAGAGAUUAGGGCGGGAACAGAAUAUGAGACUGGGAAAGCAUUUUUUUCAGCAGCGUGAGAAAAGUGUGAUACGAAUGAUGUGCAGUGGAGAGCUGGUUGUUCAAUCGUGAUCGGUUUAAUCUCUUCCGUCCUUUCUUCUAGGACAACAUUUCCUUCUUCUCCUUCUUUAUUUCUGUUUGAAAUAUUCUAAAAAACGAUUUUUUUAUUUAUUUAUUUGUACAUAGUGAAAGAGUUUAUUUAUAAGCUUUGUUAUGUUUGUUUUUUGUUUGUUUGCCAUUAAGAGACUUUAAACCAGUAGCAAAAUGGCCUCCUCCUCCUUCUAUUCUGCCAAGCUGGCGUCAAACAAUCUAAGUUGCAAUCGGGUGUUAUCAAAAAAGAAACUGAAAACUACCCCCCAAAAACAAGGUGUAAGAAUAGUAUAUGUAUUAAUUUAAUUCAUACUAAUGCUAAGUGCUUAACCGUGCGUCGGCUGCCAUCGAUGUUGAUUAACAGAAGAAAGUUCAUUUUCAAAUUUGUUCCGUUUUAGCAGUCCUUUCCCCCC